AUGGCGACCACUGCCUCGGCGAAUCCAAUCCGCGCCAUCACCGCCGCCGGCAACGACGAUGAGGACCCUGACCUUAUCAGCCCCUCUCGGAUUGCAUCCUCACCACCAUCCUCUCCCUCCUCCCCUCCCUGCCGCCGGGCGCACCCAAGUCCUAUCCCACCGCUGGCGCCGCCUAUGGCCCUCCGCGCCACUCCACCUUCUCGACUCCCACCUCCCGUCCCCGCCUCCUCCCUCUCCGCUGCCGUGUCCCGGAUCCUCGCCUCCCACUGCGGCAGCGCCGUGAGGUUCCAUCUCCUCAUCGCCCGUCCCUCCGCCUCAGACUUCGACUCUUGGCUCCGUUCGCUCGCCGCCAAAAACCUCCAGGAACUCGUCCUCCGGCCCCCCUCGGACGAGAUCCUUCCCCUCCCUCCGUCAUUCCUCGCCUUCCGGUCCCUCCGCACCGCGGAGCUCACCAACUGCCGCCUCCCCGAGGACGGCGCCGGUGGCGGCGAGGUCAAUUUCCCCCACCUCGGCGAGCUCACCCUCCGCCUCGCCAGCGUCCCCUCCUCCGCCGCGCUCCAUGCCCUCCUGGUCGGCUGCCCCGAGCUCGCGAGCCUGUCGCUCGACCGCGUCUUCGGCUGCCGGGCCCUCCGCGUGCGGUCCUGGAGCCUGCGCAGCCUCACCGUGUCGGUCUCCCUGACGCGGCGGCGCGUGCAGGAGGGCGGCGGCGCCGAGCUGGAGCAUCUCGUCGUCGAGGACGCGCCCGCCCUGGAGAGGCUGCUGGCGCACGACAUCAACUGGGGCCCAUCGAUAAACGUAACUGGGGCGGAGCUCCGGUGUGUGAGGACGCUGGCGCUGGAGAUGGCGGAGCCGCAGCUGAAGCCUGUGGCGGACUUCCUGAAGUGUUUCCCCUGCUUGGAGACGCUCUAUGUCAUGUCUCACAUGGUUGUUCCCCAGAGCAUGAGAAUAUUGAAUCAUGAGAUGGAUGAUGAUCGCAUAGAGUGCCUCCACCAUCACCUCAAGAAAGUGGUGCUGAAAGGUUACAGGGGGCGAAAGCAUGAGAUGCAGCUUGCCAGUUUCCUUGUUCGUCAUGCUAGUGUUCUACAGGUUUUGAAAUUCUUGUGUGCAAAUGUGUGCAGCGCUAAAUGGUUGACAAACCAGAAAAGACAGUUACAGGUGGACAGCCGGGCAUCUUUGGGGGCUCAAUUUGUUUUUGAGAAAUUUAGCAAGAGCUACAUCAGGUUUCUGAAGCCAGCAAGUAACAUAUCUUUAGUUGAUCCAUUUGAUACUUAA